UGGCACAAGGUGCACACCAAAAUGAGUAGGUGUGUGUGUGUGUCUGUGCGCGUGCAUGUGUGUGUGUGUGUGUGUUGUUCCUGGGUGGAUCGCUGCACUUUACGAGGGCAGUAGGCGGGGUGUCCAGUAGUAGUGCGUUGUCCGGUCUCAAACCGUGACUCUGGCAGAGUGACAGGACCUGCCCAGCGAGCGGUGAUCUUCUGGACCAAGGACCUACAGCGCAACGGACCAGACAGCACCAGAACCAGGAGAUCACCGCCUACAGACAGUACAGUGUGUGAGGAGAGGAGAUACAGCCAGCAGCAGCCCGCCACCACCUCCACCACCUCCAUCCACGCCUCCACCCGUCAGCGGCCACCAUGUCUGGGGGCUACGAUGACACGGCCAGCCAGGAGGAGGGCUCCAGCGACAGCUUCUGGGAGGUGGGAAACUACAAGCGCACGGUGAAGCGGACGGACGACGGCCACCGGCUCUGCAACGACCUGAUGAACUGCGUGCAGGAGCGGGCCAAGAUUGAGAAGGCCUACUCCACCCAGCUCACCGACUGGUCCAAGAGGUGGAGGCAGCUGGUGGACAAGGGCCCACAGUAUGGCACGGUGGAGCGCGCCUGGACCGCCCUAAUGGUGGAGGCGGAGAAGGUGAGCGAGCUGCACCAGGACAUCAGGAACCGGCUCAUGAGCGAGGACUUUGAGAAGGUGAAGACCUGGCAGAAGGACUCGUACCACAAGCAGAUGAUGGGCGGCUUCAAGGAGAGCAAGGAGACGGACGAGGGCUUCAAGAAGGCCCAGAAGCCUUGGGCCAAGAGGCUGAAGGAGCUCGAGGCCGCCAAGAAGAACUACCACGCCGCCUGCAAGGAGGAGAAGCUGGCGUCGAGCCGCGAGGCCAACGGGAAGGCAGACGCCGCCACCAACGCAGACCAGCUGAAGAAACUCACCGAGAAGAUGGAGAAGUGCAAACAGGACUCGCAGAAGGCCAGGGAGAAGUACGAGAAGAGCUUGGAGGAGCUGAACAGCGUCACCUCGCAGUACAUGGAGAACAUGGAGCAGGUGUUUGAGCAGAGCCAGCAGUUUGAGGAGAAGAGGCUGAGCUUCAUCAGGGAGGUUCUGCUGGACGUCAAGAGGCACCUCAACCUCACCGAGAACCAAAGCUACGCCACGGUGUACCGAGACCUGGAGCAGGUGGUGACGUCCGCCAGCCCGCAGGAAGACCUGAAGUGGUUCAACGCCGCCCACGGGCCGGGCAUGGCCAUGAGCUGGCCGCAGUUUGAGGAGUACAACCAUGAGGCGACACACAACAUCAGCAGGAGGGAGAAGAGCAGGAAGAACCACGAUGGAGUCACGCUGACCCACAUGACCCCAGCCACGGACUCACCCCAGGGGGGAGGAGACCAGGCCAGCCUGAGCAGCUCAGAUAAGACCCAGGCGCGGCCAAACUCCGAGGAGUGGUCCGACGAGGAGCAGGGGGACCCCGACUCGGGGGGCCAAUCCAACGGGGGCCCCAACCCCUUCGAGGAGGAGCCCGAGAAGGGGGUGCGGGUGAAGGCCCUGUACGACUACGACGGCCAGGAGCAGGACGAGCUGACCUUCAAAGCAGGUGACGAGCUGACCAAGCUGGAGGACGAGGACGAGCAGGGAUGGUGCCAGGGUCGCCUAGACGACGGCCAACUGGGCCUGUACCCCGCGAACUACGUGGAGCCCGUCUAAAGCUCCGCCCAGCCGCCGCACCCGGACUCUGUCCGUCGCCCAAUCAUAGCGGCGCUUCGCCAGAGUCCUCAGCGCUUUCCUCACUUCCUGUCCCGUUCCCACGGCAACAGGAGUCCCCUGGCCUCCGAAGGGUCAUCACUCCUCAGAACCCUACUGCUAAACCACGUCCUGUAUGUCUGAGGGCGUGUCAGGGGUGUGGCCACAGGGAGGGAGGGCCCCCUUCCCCCCCCCCCAAAUAAACGCCUGCCACUUUAGUUAAUCAGUCGGUGGGACUUUACCUUGUUCAUCAAAGUCUAGACACGGGAAUGCCAUCGUCUUGGACAACGAAUCUGCAAGGACUAUUGCACGGAAAAACCUGAACUCUGGCCCAGAGAAAUUUUAAAGAAUACGAUGGCACACGACAAAAAGUGCACCUUUUCUGCUUUGAGUGUGAGAUUUGCGUUCUCCAGACGGCUCUAAACAGGUCCGGUGUCAACUUCACACUGUCCCUCGAGAAGGAACCCAACCACUCCACUCCGUGUCAAUGUGUGCAGUCCCAUCUCUGUAGUGAGACUCACCACACAGUUCGCUAUCUUAUCAGAACACGUGUCACUCUACCAUUAGCUCUGUGCAGUCUCAUCUCUGUAGCAAGACAUCACACAGUACGCUAUCUUGUAACUCCUACCACUCGCUGUGUGCAGGCUAGACGCACCGCACAGUACUUCCUCUCUUAACAGAACGCAGAGGAACAAGUCCCUGCUAGCUUCGGUGAGCGAUGCAUUGUGCAUCUCCUCGUGUACAUAUGUCUUUCUUUUUGCUUGUACAGCCUCUUGUUUGCAUUAAACUCAACGUGAGCCGCCCACUCUCUCUCUCUCUCUCUCUCGACAGCAUGUCGGCUCAGACCUGCUGAGUUCCCCUCAGGUGAGACCGAGGGAGAAGCGACCGCUGACCGUCAGCAGGUGCUUCUGUGGUGGAAUCACCUGAGCUGUCCUUUUUGGGGAACAGUAUUAUGAUGUGCGAUCACAAGGCCGCGCAAGGAUUGUGUGCGUAAACAUUAUUUGCCCUGUACAAUGGGAACACACUGACCUUAUCUUCUCCGUCUGGUUCUUCUUUGUUGGUGUUUUUUUUUUUUUUUAACGAGUCAGCGGCGUAGCGACGCAGAAGCCAUGAGACUGACACCCUGCCCCCUGCUGGUGGGAGUGGGAAAUACAAGGGGAGUUUUGUUUUUUACCGUGCGACUCAUGAUAUGUGUACCUGCUCCCGUCUAAUGAUGACGUUAGUGGAACUGAAUCAACGGUUCCUCUCCUUUCGCUCUGUCCAGUGUCCGCAUGCAGAAUCUCUCAUAAUGCAAUUUGAGCUCAGACUGAAUAAAGUUUUUUUUUUCUUUACGACUA